AUGUCCCGUUAUUCAAUGAUGCUAUUACUCCGGUUGGCCGUUUUGAUCACUUUUGGGUUAAGUUGCGCUGUAGCCUUGGCCACCGACUCUAACAAUGUGGUGAAAUCUAAUCCUACUAUCAAGGACACUCAAGCCUUGCGAUUUCUGCGUCGUUAUGCUUUCGAUGAGGAAGCUAACCGUGAUAACGAGGAUCAAGAGAGAGGUAUCGGUGUCUCUAAACAGCUGGACGAUGUGCUAUUGAAGGCCGACGAGGUUAUAGGAAUAUUGAAAAAUGUUGUUAGAAAAGUUGGCGGUGCGCUCAUCAAAAACUCCCGCGAGACCGACGAGUAUUUACGUCUAACAAGGGCUGUAUCCGGCAAGUAUCCGACUGCAAAAGAGUUGAGCCUCUCUACAUUGAGGCAGCUUAAAAAGAUUGAAGCCGUGAGAAAGAAAGACAUCGAAAAGGGUAUCGAUGUCAGCAAGGCAGCGACCGAUGGCAUACACAGGGAUAUUAAGCUCUUUGAUGGGAAUAAGAGGGUCCCUGACAAGUAUAUGGGGGCCCACGUGGGACGCGACCAGCAGCGUUUUACCGAAGCCGAUACUCGGAGUCUGGUAGCCGGUGUGGUUACAAGGACAAACAAGAAAGGCGAGCAGGAAAUUCUUCUGGUUUCGAGCUCGAAACCCACUAAGUAUGAGUUUAUGAUAUCGAAGGGGGUUGGGAAAAAGACGAGAGUGUUGAAAUGGCAGCGCUGCGUGAGGUCAUUGAAGAAGGAGGGGUACGUAGACCGCUCGUGGAUAUUGGGAGCAGUGACAAUCUAUACUAACUCGCGGUGA